AUGGGAGGCUGUAUCUCAAUACGUCGGCGGCAGAGGUUUGAGGAUGUCUUUCCGGUGCUCCUCGACGUGCUCGAGUUCCCAGCGGGGCAGCCUGGCGGGGGCCCAGCGGGACAGCCUAGCGGGCACCUAGCAGCCGCCGAGAGCCCAGCAGCCCCCGAAAGCCCGGCAGCCCCCGGGAGCCCAGUAGAAAACGUCGGCCCGAGCCCACCGGAGCUUUCUGGUGAGAACCCGUGGGAUAACGGUAAUCCUACUGAUGGAACACCAGGGUAUUAUCGUGGAAAGGAUAUUAGAGCUAGGGCUCGUAGAAAAAAGCAUUACAGGCAGCAGAGGGGAGGUCUGGAUGGAGAAGAUGGGGAAGGAUCUGGCGGACCGGCCGCGGUGGAAGAUUACAGGGCAGCAAAGGUUCCUCACAUCGAGCAAGGCGAGGCAUCUGGGGCGACAGAAGGGAGCGGGGAGACCCAGGCCGGCAUCACCAGGCAUGAGAAUGAUGUGGCGAACCCUCCCGAAGAGCAUACAUUACCAGCAACGACCCCAGAGUCAAGUAAUGAAGGUACGCUUUCUACGGGGAGCUGGGUGAAUUCGGAUAGAACACGCCCUUCGCCCUAUUUUGACGAAGCUCAGGCUGAGUUGGCUAGGGCCCUGAUAUCCGGAACUGGGCGAGCGAGUAUCACACGCGACCCGACUGUUGGACCUGAUAGCAAGACCAGGCACGCGUACGUCGAAGAGGAUGGAGAGACCGAUGGGGAGGCCUCCGCAGAAGAUGGGCCGGCCGGGGUCUUAGAACACGAUCGGUCCCAUUCUGGUGAUCAUGUCCUUACAAAACAGACCUUCUCUAUGGGCUCAGGCAGAGCUCUAGACAGAGGAGAUGGCCCGACCUUUACAGGUCAGUCAACGACUGCAAGGCCGGGGGAGGCAGCCGGGGACGCCACUACCGGAGGGGAUCAGCUAUCCUCGGGGAACUCUGAGAUCAAUACUGCGGAACCGGCUGAUGCUUUAGGGGAGGGAGGCUUGGAUGUAACUACGCAAAGCCCGGGUGGCGGCCGAAGCCCAGAUGUAUCUCGUGACGGGGGACGUGUGCCGGAGGCUGAAGUACCAACUGCCCCGGAAAGCGCUUGA